AUGCUCCAUUGCGCAUUAACAGGUCAAAUACCAAAGGUUCCUGUUGUCACGCCUAAUGGAAUUAUAUAUGAUAAGGAAGAAAUACUAAAAUCUAUUAAAAACUCACCAGUUUGUCCAGUUACUGGAAAUCCACUUCAUGAAAAUGAUCUAAUUGAAUUACAAAUUUCACAAACAAAUAUAGAGCCGCCCGAAUUUCAGGCUUCUUCUUUUGGUGAUUGUCUUUCUGGCCUUCAAAAUCAAUGGAACAUUCUUCAAAAAGAAUUAUUUGAAACAAGAAAGAAACUUGGACAAUGUGAAAGAGAGCUUGCGCAAGCCUUAUAUGAAAAAGAAGCAGCCAAAAGAAUAAUUGCAAGACUAAUUACAGAAAAUCCUGAUCAGAUCGCAAUUCAUCAAGUAGAUACAAAUCCAACAAACCAAUAG